AUGGUCGGUGGAUUCCGGAUAGGAAUGCACUUUUUGGCCUCAGCCCUUCGAUUUUUGGAACCAAGAGUAGACGAUGAUUUCGUGGACCGUCUUCAUUACCUCUAUACAUCCACCAUGGUCCUCAUGUUUGCUGUUUUAGUGUCGGCAAAACAAUAUGUCGGCCAUCCGAUAGAAUGUUUUGUGCCGGCACAAUUUACGAGAGCCAUGGAGCAGUAUACGGAGAAUUAUUGUUGGGUACAGAACACGUAUUGGGUACCAUUUCAAGAUCUGAUACCCCACAGAUUGGACGAUAGGGAACGUCGACAAAUUGGAUAUUAUCAGUGGGUUCCAUUUGUAUUAGCCGUUGCGGCACUCACAUUUCAUAUUCCCUCUUCGGUAUGGAGAAUGCUGGCUGGUCAAAGUGGUCUCAAUGCUGGUCUAGUUCUCCAACUAGUCUGUGGAGAACAAAACGUGGAUCCAGUGGUCCGUGACAAGACAGUCGAUAUUGUUGCGAGACACAUAGACGAUGCUUUGAUGUACCAAAGAGAGCACGGAGCCAGAAGGAACAGUGUCUACAUUUUUGCAGUCGUAAAGCUUGGGAAAUUCUAUGGAGCCUACGUUUCCUCAGUCUACAUUUUCAUCAAAGCUCUCCAUUUGGCAAAUGUCAUUCUUCAAUUUAUGCUGCUCAAUUCAUUCCUUCAAACUUCGGAUUAUCCAAUGUUCGGUGCUCAUGUACUCUACGAUCUCUUCAUGGGAAGAGAAUGGAGAGAUUCUGGAAAGUUCCCAAGAGUCACACUUUGUGAUUUUGAAAUUCGAGUUCUUGGAAAUGUGCAUAGACACACUGUUCAGUGUGUGCUGGUUAUCAACAUGCUCACCGAGAAGAUCUUCAUUUUUCUAUGGCUCUGGCUUACGGUAUUGGCAAUUGUGACAGCAUUGAACUUGUUAUUUUGGUUCAUUGCAUUGGUAUCAAACACGUGUCGAGAGAAUUUCGUAUCGAAGCAUUUGGAUAUUCAAUCAGAUCAAAUCAGUCGGUUUGUACAUCGAUUUUUGAGAGCUGAUGGAGUGUUCCUACUACAAAUGAUAGCUUCGCAUUCGGGAAAUUUGAUGGCGGCUAAGCACGAUGAUGGGAAGACGUCGCUGAAACGGGGCGAUUCAUGGCACGAGACGUCACUUCCUCCGCCAAUGCCUAGUCUACCGAUUAGGACAAGGACGGAUUAUGUUUAA